AUGGCAUCUGGUAGUCCAUUUUUUGAUGAUGUGCGGACCAAAUCUGAGGUUAUUGAUCCUCCUCAAAGUGAAGACAUGAUGGAUGUUGGAGAAGGUGUGAAUGAUGCUACUCUCAUCCCGUUAAAACCUAAUGCGACCGUUUCUAGCAGUGUUCGUGAACUUCUGGAGUGCCCUGUGUGCUUAAAUGCCAUGUACCCCCCUAUUCAUCAGUGUUCAAAUGGUCACACGUUAUGUUCUGGUUGCAAACCCAAGGUUCACAACCGGUGUCCCACUUGUAGGCAUGAUCUUGGUAAUAUAAGAUGUCUUGCAUUGGAGCAGGUGGCUGCUUCUCUGGAACUUCCAUGUAAAUAUGAGAGUUUUGGUUGCAUGGGCAUAUACCCUUAUUACAGCAAGCUAAAACAUGAAUCUCAAUGUCUACAUAGACCCUAUAACUGCCCCUAUGCUGGUUCAGAAUGCACUGUUAUUGGAGAUAUUCCUUAUCUGGUGGCCCAUUUGAAAGAUGAUCACAAAGUUGACAUGCACAAUGGCAGCACUUUCAACCAUCGCUAUGUAAAAUCAAAUCCCCAUGAAGUUGAAAAUGCUACCUGGAUGCUAACGGUUUUCAGUUGCUUUGGCCAGUAUUUUUGUCUACAUUUUGAAGCUUUCCAGCUUGGGAUGGCUCCUGUCUACGUAGCAUUCUUGCGGUUCAUGGGCGAUGAUAACGAGGCAAAGAACUACAGCUACAGUCUAGAAGUGGGUGGAAAUGGGAGGAAGAUGAUUUGGCAGGGGGUGCCGCGUAGCAUUAGGGAUAGUCACCGGAAGGUUCGUGACAGUUUCGAUGGUCUCAUCAUUCAACGUAACAUGGCUCUCUUCUUCUCAGGGGGAGACCGGAAGGAGUUGAAGCUUAGGGUGACUGGAAGGAUAUGGAAGGAACAGUGA